AUGCUUUAGCUUCAGACAUCAGAAGAUCCUAUUUGGUCAUGCCACCCCAACCUUUAGAACCAAUUGAAGUACUCAAAAUUUUAAAAGAAGUAUGUCCAGAUGAGCAUCCUCGAAUAGAAGAUGAUAUUAUAGAUGAAGGGACA